AUGGACAUCAACAACACCUUCCUUCAAGCCAUCCUCAACAAGGUCUAUGUCACUCAACCAGAGGGCUUCAUCAACACAACACAACCCAGCUUCAUCUGCCACCUCAAGAAAGCUCUCUACAGCCUCAAGCAAGCCCCACUGGCUUGGAACCACACUCUCAACAUGUUUCUCAUCAAUCUCAGCUUCACAGCAACUACAGCUGAUCCCUGCAUCUACAGCUACCACAACAAUGAUGAUGAUCCCUACAACGCUAGGCUUCACCACACCUAUCUACUUGACAACAGUCAACACCAGAUCUUCCUCUCCAUCUACAUCAACAAUCUCCUCAUCAUCAGGCACAUCAACAAUGUCAACUACAUCAAGCAGAAGCUCAGACCACAGUCCCAGCUCUCCACAACCCCUCACUCAGAACCAUUGCACAAGAGAAAGCAUUGA